GUCGCUUCAAGGUUGGUUGGUAACCAGAAGAUUGGACCAAAUGAGCGGAGUUCGACGACGAACAGUGUCACCCGAGUUCGUUGGAGAACGCAGUCGGUGUCUCUGUCUCUGUCUCUGUCUCUCUCUCCGGCAACACAAUUCUCGAUCUAGCUUUGCCUGAAAUUGUUCGACCGAAAUUCAGGGAUAAGUUCAUUACCUCUGCCAUCUCCAAUCAAGAAAACAAAAGUUUGGACCAUUGCUUUUCCGCUUGAAUGGAAAGUCACCAGAGUUCGAUGACGAGCACAGUCGGCUUCUCUCUCCUCCCGUCGGAGCUCCUGCACCACAUAAUUCUCGAUCUAGCUCUGCCUGAUAUCGUUCGCCUGAAAUUCACGAAUAAGUUCAUUACCUCUGUGAUCUCCGAUCAAGAUUUCGUUCGCGAGUACAAUCUCAGAGCGAACUCUGCAACCUGGCUCUUUCUUUACAAGAAGCGAUGGCAUCGUGAUUCGGCACUUCACGGAUUCACCGACAGCUCGGACCGGUGGUUCAGGUUCUCAAUUGCAGAAUUACUGAAUUCCGUCGUCCCUCCCGGCGAAGAUAUCUAUUUUUUAACGUCUUCCGGCAACCAUUUUCUCUUCGCCUUGAACACUAGCCAGGAAGUUGUUUGCGUUAAUCUCAUGACAAAGACGGUCAAGAGAAUUCCUUCAAGUCCGCUCGGUCCACGUGGCACAUCUUCGUGGCGACGUUCCAGAGCCAGAGAAAAAGCUGGGGACUCGCCAAGUUUCGACGGCGGAGUUGCUGAUCUAAUUUUCCUGAGCGUAGUCAAUGGGAGGGGUGGGAGCGUUCUCAUCGGGUUCGGAUCCCAAGCCCACAACCCCGUGGUUCUACGGCCGAGAUUCAACGGCGGAGUGGAAGAGGAUAGCCCGGCGGUUGGAUUCAGCUGGGGCAACUUGGCUGAUAGAUUACACGUGUACGGUGAUGGGCACGUGAUGAUGAUCAGAUCUUGCGGCGGCGGUGGAAAAGCAAGGAUGUUGAAAAGCGUAGAGUUGUGGGCCUUGAGCCCAAACGGUGGGUCUUGGGAGCCCAUUUCAGCGGUACCAAACGGCCUUAUUGAGAAAAUUAGGAAGCCCUAUGGGGUUAUAAUGGGCUGCCUGGAGCGAAGAGAAGGAACAAUUAGGGCUGUUUUGAUGUCCAAUUACGAAGCUUCGUGGGACAUAAUUUGGCUAUCCUACGAUACGUCGCGGAAGCAUUGGACGUGGGUCCCACUGCCCGACUGCAAGAUGAAGGGCUCUAACAUGGCUGGGAUCGGCUUCUCCUCCGGCCUCAUCUUGCCUUGAUCCAAAUCAUAUAAAAAAAAAAAAAAUACCCAUAAAUACCAAUAUGUCAAAUUCAUCCAUGUUUCGCAAGAUGAAAAGUCUCGUGUGGUUAAAAUAUCUCUUUCUAUUUAUUUUGUGAAGUUAAUUUUGAGUGUACUGCUUCUGUGA